UGGAAUGUUGGCAUUUUUUUGCCGCAUUGCUGACUUUGAGAAUUAGCCUAAUAUAAACAAAACAUGUAAGCUUAGCCUACAGAAGCCUUUCGUUGACUUCGUUACUGUACCUUCUUCGAGGCACUAGGUAUUGCGGGGGAGGCUUAAAAUAUAAAAUAUGCAUACACCUGUGAAUGUGUGUCCGAUGUAAACUUAUUUCUGACGCGUGCGAAUCGAAGAUUCAAAUGUGCCGAGACAAGCCCUUCGUGCAUAAACGAAUACAUUUUAUUUCGCUUUUAAGCAGAUGAGAGCACGCUAUUGAAAAUGGAGGUUACUGACGCAGAAUCAUCACAGAGCUUAGAAAACAACUUCAGCGAACACCCAUUGUCACGUGAAUGUAAAACCGAAGACACUGAAGGCAGAGAACACGAACCUGUCAUUGAAGAACCUGAAAUUGAGGAUCCAGAAUCGGACAUAGAACCGCCAGAGUCAAUUUCAUUAGGCCUAUCGACAGAAGAUGGAUUAUGUUGUGAGGUAACUCUCAAUGUCAACAUUGCACUGGCCAUUCCAAAUGCAGAAGAUGAUGACUCAGUGACUGCUGUGGAGAAAACAAAGAAGAAAUGUAAGAAAUCUGUACCAAACACUGUGAUUGAAGCCCCCAAAGCACAAAGCUAUUACCAUAUUGAGUACAAUCUACUUCCUCACGACCCAGAGCCGACCAAAGUAGACCUUGUCAUGUUUGGGUUGGCUGCCAAGCUCUACAAGGGCAAUAAAUCAAAAGUGUUAAAGCCAUGGAUAGAGGAUGACAAAACAUGGCUGACCUGGACUCAGUCUGUCAGACUCAAUGUCACCAAAGAAAUGCUCAUCAAACUGGUUCACCAUAAGGUCACCUUCCGGGUUUGGGACACCAAAGACCAUAUGUCAUCCACAGCCAAGCACGACAGGCCUAAAGGAUUCAGACUGCCGGCAGAAAAAAAUGAUGAAGGUAGUCCAGACCACUUUGGCACAAAGAACAUGAUCCUUAGGCUGCGAGAUAAUUUUGGAAAAGAAAGCUUAAAAAUGAAACAAGUUGGAGAAUCCAUGCAAUAUGAACUGAGGAAGACAUCAUAUGAUAUGCACUGUGCAACAGCGGAACCCAAGUCGUCUAAUGCAGACGUUGCAAAUGAGAGAGCCGCCUCCUCCACUGCUGUUACCCAGGAGCCACAGUACACUACAAGAUCUGCAGAUCAAGGCAGAGACCAGGAGUCCCCAUUAGAUUCUAGAGGCACUCAAGACCAACUUAAAGACUCCAAGCAGUUUAGCCAAAGAGCCUUUCCUGUGCAGGCCAACAAGAGGUUUAAUCUAAGAAGAAACACCAUUUUUAAGGCCUCCCUAGCCAAUUCUGAUUACAUCAGGAAGCAUGGUGCUGCCACCGCAGAGCUCAGCUUCAUUUAUCUACUUGCAGGAGAGAAGUCUUUGACGGGUUCUCUACUCACCCGCUCCAAAGGGGUGCUGGAGGGCAUGUGCAACCUCACGCUGGACAAGCCCCUCAUCUCCGGAGAGAUGAAGGCCAUGCUCAAUCCACUGGUCAUAACCAUCCUCUCAGCCACCAGGCUGCCCUCUACCCCUGUCCCUUUUUAUAAACUCGAGGAAUACUGUCUCCCUGUGUACUGCCAGUACAAGUUCCACAACACCAAGCGUCACAAAACAAAAGGAUACGAGCACAGCAGCCACAUUUGCUUCAAGGACGUCAAUGUCAUCUUCACCGGCCUGAUCAGCCAAGGAGAGCUCAUCGAGUACCUCCACGGCUCGCCACUGGAGAUCGAAGUCCACGACCGUGACAGAAAAGGAGACAGUCCGCCCAAAAGCCCCACCAUUUUUGGACGCUCGCCUCAAGACAACCUGCUGAGCAAUGUGGCUCUGAUCAACAGCAAAGGCAUCGCUCACGAUCCCUUUAAGCCUGUUAAGCCCCGACACCCCCACGGUGUGGCCAGACUCAGCUUCGCCGAGCUGCUGAACGGCCACCGGUCUUUGAGGUACAGCCUGGCCAUCUGCAGCUCGGCCCCACCACAGAUCCUGGGCAAGGACCAAGCCCAGUGGGAAAGUAAAAUGCUGGAGGUGGCUGGUGCCAGAAACGACCCUCAGACCGACUGCAUGCCCAUGGGGCACUACUUAGAGUCCAACUCGCAGCUGAAUGUGCAGGUGGAGAUAGCGUGCCCUAUAAACAUAGACAACAUCACUGCCACCGAAGAGGAGUGUCCCUUCGGCCGCAUUGUCCACCUCAUGAAGCAUGACAACGUUGGAGCAUUGUCCAGACUAUGCGCUGAAAUCUUGAGGGUGAACGCAGCUGCCUUCCAGCUGAAGUCUAAAGCAGAGGAGGCCAUGCAAAGAGCCCUGGGCUGUUACAAAGUGACCACACAGGAGAUGGAGAGCAGAGAGCUGGACUUCCUCACUGGGUUUCAUUUACUGGACAAGAACAUGCAUCUCUUUGUUAUUGAAGGACUGAAGGAUGGGGCCAUCAGAAGACUCUGGGAGAUGUCCUCAACAAAGUCAGAUGGGAUUGACUGGAGACAGAUCACCACCCUUUAUAACUCUGCACUGAGCUUCUCCAAGCGUCUUUACGACUGUCUGGACUUGAGCUUCUGUCCCAUCUACCUUCACGAGCCCCUGGAGGCCAUCAUGAGGCGGCCGCUGGUGUACGUCAGAGACAUGGUCCCGCACGCCUGCUUCCAGGGCCUUUCACGCUUAAGCCAGCUGUGCCAAGUAUCGUUGAUGAAAGAUGCGGUGCGCAACAGCCUGUUCCCUACGUGCGAAAUGGUGCUCAGCCUCAGCAAGGAGUUUGGCUCUCUGCCCGAGAAAGGGCAGCAGAUCCUGGAGCGCAUCUGCCAGAGUGCCCAAGGAGCGCCCGAGAGACAGAGAGGGAGAGUGAGGUCCAACCCGCCCAUUGAGAACUACAACCAGGAGUAUGUGGAAUGGAAGGAACUCGUAGCUACCCAGCAACUCUGUGGAGGAACUAAGGACUUUGUUCAAGCCAACAUAGAUGAGGUGCAGAGAGCCAGCCAGAGGGCCCAGAAGCCAAAGCCUGCAGUGGUGGUGGCAGAGGUGGAGGAGGGAAAGAUGGCUCACAAUUACAGCAUCCAGACCCUGAACUCCUCCGCACAGGCCAAGGAGCUGCUCUGCAAGGAGAUGGCGAAGGCUCCACGGCAGAGGUUCACGUACAGUCAGGAGUUCCAGUCGGCCACGUUCCAGCCGUGCGAUGUGGAGGCCGAGCGCAAGGCUGCGGAGGGCCGGUCACGCGGGGCCUGGCGCACCCCCAACGGCUUCACCUACCCUGGCUUCCAGAGCAGCAUUGAGGCCAACGAGCAUCCCAAGAUGCCAGACGAGGCUCGCAUCAACGAACUGAGAAAGCCUUGGAGGGAGAACAUCCUGCAUGACAACACCCUUAGGCCCACUCUUUCUCGGGGUGCAUGGCCUUGGGAGAGGCGCUCAGAGGAUUUUGAGCUCUACAUCAAGCCCCCACCUGUCUUCCUGCCAAAACCCCCCGUCACCAUUCACCUGGCAGGGGACCUUCUGAAAGAAGAGCAACUUGAAGCAGCCCGUGCUCAGUACAAGAGGUGGCUAUGGAAGAUCCUGCCAGACAAAUGCAACACUGACAGCCACAGAGUCCCGCAGUUUAAGUUUCACCUGGAGAAAGAUGGCCUGGAUAAGCACAUCCUCAAUAACCAGCCAAAGUACGCUCUUGCCAAUACCAGGACGUUACGGAAGACUGCUCCAGCAGUUACUGCCCCAGAGGUAGCCAGCAAAGAGAGGCAGAGAAGAGUAGCAUGCGUUCCUGAUGGUCUAGAGUCUGAUGGGGAGCAGAACCAAAGCCGGGAUCCCUCUGCUCCGUACAACAAGAACAACCCUUUCAGGGGCUACUGGAGACCACAUUCGUUCCAGUACAAGAGAGAAGUGCAGCCACUGACCGAGGAGGAGCUGGAGGUGUAUCGCUUCCGGAGGCGCAGUGAGGCCGCCGCGCCGCCGCGACCCACGGCACGCCGAGUACGGCCGGCCGGGAACGUCUACGAGACGCGCACCCACAGAGCAGUAGUCCUCCAUCUGCAUUAA